GUCUACUUUUACUGUUUCUCAGAAUAAUUUGCGCAUUUUCGUCUUCUUCCGGGAGUGUUAGUGAGUUCCUAUACUGUAUUUAUGUCAUGUUUUCGCCUCUCAAUGCCACGCGUUUCAUCAAUCAAUCAAUCAAUCUUGAACACUUUCUCUUCCGUUUCUACUUUCUGUUUGUCUGUGGAUAUUUCUGCUAAAUAUCUUCUGUCAACUUCCUCAGCCCGCAAGUUCACAUAGAAGACUCACUGCCUUGAGCUGGGUUUUGUUAUUUUCUUGAUGAGUGUAGAAGCUCGGAGAGAAUCUUAAUCAAAUAGGGUUAUAAACAAUGGAAACUACCGGAAAUACCAACAAUGUUCUCACUACAGCUUCUAAAUUGGAUGUACUAGCCAAGAUUCCUGCGAUUGCUCAUCCAUUGGCUGAACAUCCCUCUGAGAUAGCCUCCAACAUCAGUUAUCAUUCUCAAUACAGUCCUCAUUUUUCCCUUUUCAAGUUUGACCCAGAGCAAGCAUACUAUGCUACUGCUGAUAGUGUUCGUGACCGCUUGAUCAAACAAUGGAAUGAUACGUAUCUUCAUUAUCACGAAGUGAAUCCGAAGCAAACCUACUACUUAUCCAUGGAGUAUCUCCAAGGAAGAGCCCUGUCAAAUGCAAUUGGAAACUUAAGUGUCCAAGGUGCCUAUGCUGAUGCUUUAAAGACACUUGGACAUGAACUUGAGGAGAUUGCUGAGCAGGAGAAAGAUGCAGCACUUGGAAAUGGUGGGUUGGGAAGGCUUGCUUCUUGCUUUCUUGAUUCCAUGGCAACCUUAGAUUUGCCAGCCUGGGGUUAUGGACUGAGGUACAAGUACGGACUAUUCAAGCAACGUAUUACGAAAGCUGGGCAAGAGGAAGUUGCUGAAGAUUGGCUUGAGAAAUUCAGUCCCUGGGAAGUUGCAAGGCAUGACAUUGUGUUCCCCAUCAGAUUUUUUGGUGAUGUUCAUGUUGAACCUAAUGGCUCCCGGAAAUGGAUUGGUGGGGAGGUCAUACAGGCAGUCGCAUAUGAUGUUCCAAUUCCUGGUUAUAAAACAAAGAACACAAAUAGUCUUAGACUUUGGGAGGCCAAAGCUAGUGCAGAGGACAUAAAAUUAUUUCAAUUUAAUGGUGGUCAAUAUGAAUCUGCUACACAACUUCAUUCUAGUGCUCACCAGAUUUGUGCUGUACUUUAUCCCGGCGAUGCAACAGAAAGUGGAAAACUUUUAAGACUUAAACAACAAUUUUUGUUGUGCAGUGCGUCACUUCAGGACAUCAUAUACAGAUUUAAGGAGAGGAAUGAAGGGAAGGGUAGCCUUGAUUGGUCUUCAUUCCCCUCAAAAGUUGCAGUACAACUGAAUGACACACAUCCAACACUUGCAAUCCCGGAGCUCAUGCGGUUAUUAAUGGAUGAUGAAGGACAAGGUUGGGAUGAUGCAUGGGAUAUAACCACAAGGACAAUCGCUUAUACAAAUCAUACUGUCCUUCCUGAAGCACUUGAAAAAUGGUCACAAGCAGUCAUGUGGAAACUUCUUCCACGACAUAUGGAGAUCAUUCAAGAAAUUGACAAGCGGUUCAUCGCAAUGGUACAAUCAAAAAGCCCUUAUCUUGAGAGUAAAAUAUCUGGCAUGCGCAUUUUGGAUCACAAUCCCGAGAAGCCUGUGGUGCGCAUGGCUAACUUGUGCGUCAUCUCUUCACACACAGUGAAUGGUGUUGCCCAGCUACACAGUGAUAUUUUGAAGGCUGAAUUAUUCACUGACUACGUCUCUUUAUGGACCACCAAAUUCCAGAACAAAACCAAUGGCAUAACACCACGACGGUGGCUAAGGUUUUGCAACCCGGAGCUGAGUCAUAUAAUCACCAAGUGGUUAAAAAGUGAUGAGUGGGUUACUAAUCUUGAUUUACUUGCUAAUCUGCGGCAGUUUGCUGAUGAUGAAAAACUCCAUGCACAAUGGGAAGCUGCCAAGAUGGCCAACAAGCAGCGUUUGUCACAGUACAUACGGCGGGUGACUGGUGUGAGCAUUGACCCGAAUACUCUAUUUGAUAUACAAGUCAAGCGCAUCCAUGAAUACAAAAGGCAGCUUCUAAAUAUACUGGGUGUGGUGUAUCGCUACAAGAAACUCAAGGAGAUGAGUCAUGAAGAGCGUAAGAAUACAACAGCUCGCACUGUAAUGUUUGGGGGCAAAGCGUUUGCAACCUAUACAAAUGCAAAACAUAUCAUCAAACUUGUAACAGAUGUUGGGGAUGUUGUAAACAGUGACCCCGAAGUCAAUAUUUAUCUGAAGGUAGUAUUUGUACCCAAUUACAACGUAUCAGUGGCAGAAAUGCUUAUCCCGGGAAGUGAGCUUUCACAGCAUAUCAGUACAGCUGGCAUGGAGGCCAGUGGGACUAGCAAUAUGAAAUUUGCACUCAAUGGGUGCCUAAUCAUAGGAACACUGGACGGGGCUAAUGUGGAAAUCAGAGAGGAAAUUGGGGAAGAUAAUUUUUUCCUUUUUGGUGCAAGAGCUGAAGAAGUGCCUCUUCUGCGCAAAGAAAGAGAAAACGGUCAGUUUAAACCAGAUCCUCGGUUUGAAGAAGCAAAGCAAUAUAUCAGAUCUGGAGCGUUUGGGAGCUAUGAUUAUAAUCCUUUACUAGACUCGCUGGAAGGAGAUUCAGGCUAUGGCCGUGGUGAUUACUUUCUUGUUGGUUACGACUUUCCAAGCUACCUUGAUGCCCAGGCAAGGGUUGACGAAGCUUACAAGGAUAGGAAAAGAUGGAUAAAGAUGUCGAUACUAAGCACGGCUGGCUCUGGGAAGUUUAGUAGUGACCGAACCAUAUCUCAGUAUGCAAAAGAUAUUUGGAACAUUGGCCGUUGCUCCGUCCCAUGAAGUCUCAUUCGAGUCCAACGAUCGUUUGCCCAGUUGAGGCCAAAAUGAUAUGCCAGCCACAAACUGCUCCGCUUCCUUCUGUUCUUGUUUCUCAUCCACCCAGACUUCCCUCUGAAUAAUCAUGGCAAGUCUGCUAUAUAUGCUGCUUUGCCUAUGCUGUGUAUUAAUACACUCUUGAUAUGUAAAUAAUAAUAACAAUUACAAUAACAAUAAUAAUAAUAAUAAUAAUAAUAAUAAUAAUAAUAAUAAUAAUAAUAAUAAUUUGUAACUAGUCCCAAG